AUGAGCCAACGUCAGUCAGUUCCAUUGGGAGAACUUCGCCAUGGCAAUCAGGGCCAAAUUGAUGCCGUCAAAGAAUUGGAGCAGCUCUUCUGUCUAGACAAACCAACAUUAUUGAAGGUAGUCGACUCAUUUCAGCAAGAACUCGUAGCAGGCUUGGCUGAUGAUAGGUCUAGUGAUUUGAACAUGAUUCCAACCUAUGUUACUGGUUAUCCAACAGGUGAUGAAAAAGGCACCUACUUGGCAUUGGAGAUUGCUGGCAUGGAUAUUUAUGCUUGUCAAGUCAAGCUGAAAGGCGACUCGGGGAAAUUAGCCAUCAAUCAGUAUCAGUACAAAAUUCCUCAGGAUCUGGCCAGUGGAGACGAUUUUGCAGUUCUGAUCGACUAUGUUGUUGAAUGUAUAUCUGAUUUUUUAAUGCGAGUGGGAACACAAGAUUUAUUUGUAUACCCCAUGGCUGUAUCCUUUGGAUUUGCGAUCAAGCAGACGAGAUUGGAUUCAGGUCGAAUUCUGUCACUGGGCUAUGGCCUCAGCUACCCAAAUGGUGUUGGUGUGGAUAUUGUCGAAUUAAUGCAUGAACGUAUUAGGUUAAAGGGUUUACCCAUCAAAAUCGUAGCAACUGCCAAUGAUUCAGUAUGCACAUUGCUUGCUCAUGCCUACCAACAUCCAACCACCCGCUUAGGCAUCGUCCACAGUCUUGGCACAAAUUGUGCUUAUUACGAACCAGUGAGAAAUGUAACAAAGUUAAGAGACCAGAGUGUGACAAGAAAUACAGAUAUGAUUAUGAAUACAGAGUGGUGUAAUUUCGGUUCUUCACGACGUACACUGCCCUGCACAUGGUUCGAUCGAAAGCUGGCUCGCGAAUCAAUUAAUCCGCAAUUUCAUGUAUUUGAGAAGAUGACAACCGGUAUUUUUCUCGGCGAGCUUGUGCGAAACAUUCUAAUCUAUCUGGUUGAUCGAGACAUCUUGUUUGGCGGUGAAUCUUCAGAAACACUCAACACAGCCCACAGUUUUGAUACCAGCUAUAUGUAUGUGUGUGAGGCUGAUGACUCGGAAACGCUGGAGGAUACUCGCAUUGUACUAGAGGACAUGCUGGAUUUAUCUAAAACUACAGUCGGUGAUCGUGAGGUAGUGAAGAAGGUUUGCGAGUUAAUAGGUACCCGUGCUGCUGUAUUGGUAGGAGCUUCCAUUGCAGCUAUUGUACAACAUAUGACAGCAAAGGGUAUUGGUAUGACUGAGGAGGGAUAUGCCAUUUCCAUCAGCGGAAGUAUAUACGAAGAUUAUCCAUCAUUCCAUCCUCGUGUGUGCAAAACCAUCAAAGACUUGAUUCCAGAACAAAUUGCUGGUAAGCUCUCAGUAGGCGUCGUCAAACAUUCUCGUAUUGUAGGAGCAGCCAUUGUUGCAAUGAUGGCUGAGAAAAUUGCUGCCACCACAGCCUCAUUGCAAUCAUAA